GGUGUGGCAAGGCGAGAGAUCAAAUAUGGCGGCGUUUAGGAGCUUCGGAUCGUGGUCUUCACUUUGUAUAAAAGCUUCAAGCGCGUCGAAUUAUCUUCAUAACACGACGGUGCAACGUCGAUACGCUCAAGGUGUUGUUCAAUCCGCUUCCUUUUUGAUGCAACAACGGGGUAUGUCGAAUUCUACAGCUUUAAACAGUACGAUGUAAAUUACGAAGUAUAUGUUGUAAACGUUAGCUAUUAAUGAUAUUUAGAUAAAGUUUCCUCCACAUUGUUCCUGUUUUUUCAGAGAGAAAAAGGAAAAGAGACCAUAAAAAAAAGAAACCUAAAAUAAAUCAGUGGAUAUAUAAGGUAGGAAAAUGCACUGUGCUCUCAUCUAUAAAAUAUAUAAUAGGGCUAGUUGGCUGUCAGCUGUAACUCAAUGAAGGUUAGAAAAUUCUGAAGUACAGCAUUAGUGAGAAAAAAAUAGUCUGACUGAAGUUACAAAUUUGCUUCAACAGAGGGUUGAUUCAUGAAACAAAGCUUUUCAAAAUUUACUAUGCCAUUUUUAUUUAUUGUUACCUCUGACGGUUGGUUACCAACUAAGUGUUUCACUUGCCUGCUGACAAAGCACAAAAGUAUUUUCGAAAACUGAUAACCUUAUUCAUAGAUAUUAUUUAAAGCCUUUAUUCUUUAAAGGGGAACCUACUGACAUACUGAUUAAGACCCUAAUCAGAAGCUGCUGAUGAAUAAUGACACUUUUGCUCAUGAAUGCUUUACAUUGAACUAUAUUCUGAAAGGCAACACCUAUUUCUGUGAGAAGAACCUUAAAUUCAUCUUACAGACUGUUAGUGUGUUAAUUUUCCAUGAAAUCACCCACAUUAGACUCUAACCCCCUUUCAUACUUGUAAACAGCUUCCCAUUUGUAGGAUGAAAGCUUUUAAAAAUUAUCAGAAGUUGAGACCUGUACUAACCCCCCAAGUAUUUGAAUUAAGUGCUCUGAACAUGCAUUGAGAUAACUAUAAUUGUACAGAAAGGUAAGGUAAGGUGAGAUUUGAAGUUUUCCUCCAAAAUUAGCAAUUGAUGAAAUACUGUUUUAAAUUUGUGUCUGAAAUGGGAUCAGAACCCUCUUUUGCUACCCUCCAACAACUCAGGGGUAAAGAGUGAAGAGUAUUAUUGUUAUCUGCUGUGUACAAUUCACAGAACAUCCCUGGAAACUUGAAGCUAAGAAGUACGUAUACAGAUUGGCCAUCUGUUUUCACUGGACCCCAGUCAUAUAAUCCUGCUACAAUUCCUGUUCUCUUCAGAAUGGGACGAAUGAAACACAACAAAUAUGGCCAAGACCGUCCCAAAGGAGCAAUUGGAAACAUAGAACUAUCCAAGGUAAUUAAAGUAACUUCAGGUGUGAGAUAUUAUGAAGAUAGUCAUAUAAGUCUUAAACCCUCAGACAUGUACAACCCUUUCACUUUCUUAAAUUAUUCCAUUUGUGUUGAGCAGUCAUAUGUUUACCUGAACUCUUCUAGGUUUAGUUGACAGAAGUUCUCCAUUUUCUUCCUACUCUUAAAAUAUUUCACCCUACUCUGAUGCUUUUGCAAAACCCUGAAAUAUAUAUGACAUAUAAAUUGGUUGUUCCUUUUAGAUACCAACCUUUUUUCACUUAGCUCCUCCUGCUGUUGAAAGACACUGUCAGGCUCUAAAGUGUGAGUAGCAUCUUGAUCUUGGCUGAUUGAGCAAUGACUUGGUGCUUCCUGUAGUUUUCUCCCUUUGUCUGAUCAUGACUGGUAUACAUCUGAAUUUACAUCGUAAUGUUCUUUAUUUUUGUUUAGCAACACCAUUGUUUUUGGUGCUGGUCUUUUUUUUUUAAUUGUUUUGAAAAUAGUUUAUCAUUCAUAGUGUACAAUUGAGCUGUGAUUGAACAGAGAUCAGAUCUUUAAAUUACUUAAAUUUUGCUGUACAAAGGAUGGAAUAACAAAAUCUGUUCUUAAUUCAUUUUUAUCUAUCAGACUCUGUCACCUCAAAAUCCUGUUGGAGAUGCUAUAUACCUUUAAGUGGCCCAUUGAGGUUGAUUGUAAUUCUAAUAAGCUUAAUUAAAGAAAGCAUUUCCAUUCCUAAGGUAGCCAAAGGAAGAUCAGAUGAUGCUACAAUUUAUUUAUUUUGUUAUAAUUGAAUUCUUUCAAUUUUUGUUUUAAGCAUUAUGUACUGAAUGGCCAAGCAACCUUGACCACUCAAGUGUACCAUUGCGAGUAACAACCAAAAAUUACUUAUUUGCUGGACCAUCACUUCAUCAUCCAGGAUCAAGAGUGGUCAAACUUCAGGUGUUGUUAAACUUAAACUGAAGUAAUUACAAUAAUCAAUCAGUACAGUACAGGCAAAGCGUCCAAAACCUAGAGAAUCUUGUGUGAUCAAGUUGCAAAUGUUUUUAGUUUUGUAUCUUAGUACUUGAGAGGGAUUCACAGGUUUUCUUUCACACAGUGAAUUAAAAUAAAACAGAAGGCAUCCAUUACUUUCAGUCGAAAAUUACACAAAACCUGCGAUUGUACGACAUUAUUAAGAACUUUAUUUUUCAACCCUUUGACCCCUAAGGGCAACUAGCAUCUAAUAUCUCCACACAAUACCACCCCUGAAUUAAGGACUUGAAAAUAAAGGAAAAGAUCACCAACUAAAGAAGCUCUUGAUCGUUAAACAAAUUCUCCUUGUUAGCACCUUGAGUUAUGUAUAGAGAACAGUAUGGAGAAUAUGCAUACUGAUGUUGGAAUGUUAAGGUCUAGGAUAACCCAUUCAAUGUGUUAUCUUCAGGUUUACUUGAGAGAUCUGGUUCUGGAUGAUCAUGCCAGAAAGAAGUUGAUUGAACUGGUGGAGGAUCGCUAUGAUCCAGAGACUGAUGAGCUUACAAUUGUCACAGACAGGUAGAGUGCUCUUUCUUUCUUUCUCUUCAGGAGACUGAAGUCUGAUUUUUUUUGUAUGUUGAUUUCUUGAAGCAGUUAUGGAUGAUGAUUGACAGUUAAACUUAGUUAGGGGUGGUUGCUAACGAAUUCUGUGGAACUUCUGGUAACAAUCAAAGAGAUGUAUCUUUUUAAAUUCUCACUUAUAUUGUGUUUUUCACGAACAUCCAAACGUGAGAGCUCUCGAUGCAUUAUUGAAGAUGUGUUUUACGUUGGCUUCUGUAAGUUAAGUUGCGGCUCUCGCGGGAAACACGCACACUGUAUCAGAGUUCAAAUGAACAUUGCGAUUGGAAAAUUUCGACAUUUUGGUAUUUUUCUCCACCUGGAUGCCAUUAUGGCUACGAAUAGUGGCAGCAUGAAAUUCGCAAGUUUGGCUUCGAACUUUGGAGUUUAUACGUCAUUGAAAGGCCCAGUAAAGUACUUUAUGAUAAAAAUAAUACUGUUUGUUGUUUACUUAUCAUGGUUUCUUUUUUCUAGAUGUCCAACAAGGAAACAGAACCGGGAUUAUGCCAUGUAUUUGCUAAGCGUACUUUAUCACGAGUCUUGGGUGAGUCGUGCUUGAUAAUUUCUCCAGAUAUUGACACUAUUGUCUUUUACUUGUAGUUUAGUUGUAACCAAAGGCUGCUUCCAUCGAGUAGCUCCUGACCUUGUAAAAUGCUAUCAUUGACGAAAUACUCCAAAGAACUAUGCUUUUCAAUGUGUAAUCUGCGUCAAUCAUCAUCAUCUCUGACCUUCCAUGUUCCUUUUUUAUUAAUUGAAGUCUCUUAAGAUAUUUCCAAACUUAUAGAACGUACAAUUUUUGCCCUCCUUGAAUUGUACGACGACUUCGUACGAUUCAAAAUAAAAGCAUUCUGACGUAGCUCCAUAGAUUCUUGCAGUUAUUGACAUUGGGGAAAACUUGACAACGAAGAACUGUAAACCGAAAAUGUUGACAUCUUUUUUUCAGAAAACCGAACCAUGGGAAGCUGAGGCGAAUAAAGAAGAAGCAGAAAGCGACGACGAAGAUGAGGAAGAAAUAAUGCAGUUGAAAAAGAAACCCAAAAAACCAAGACCCUUAAAGCUUAUUAACGGAGAAUUGUACAGGGUCAACAAGUUCGGGAAAUAUUUUAAACUGUUUAUAAACGAAAAAGACUAGAAUGGAAGAUUAGAACGAGAGAACUUUUAUCCACUCGGUUUUCUUAAAGUGCUUGCAACGAAUGCUUUUGUACAAAUGUGUGACUUGGUUUGAAUCACCAUACAAUGCUUGGAACAGAUUGCUUUAUCACCUGGAAAGAAUUCCAGUCUUCAGGUGCACUGAGAACACUUUUGCAACUGAUGAUAGAAGAAUGGAAGACUCGGAAUAUACCAAUAGUCGAUGUGGCAUACGAAAACUAACUAAGAAUUUUACCGGAACGAAUUGGAAAAAUCGAAGAAGAGUGUCGACAAUUAUUUUAUUGUUCUUUUUUUCUGUCAAGAUUGACUGUAGAGCAGGAGAGGAGAAAUAAUAUUUUUUUCUGAAUAUGUACUUUUUAUGGCGUUUUUUGUCGUAAUCCCAUCUUGGGGAAGAAGGAGGUGAGACUACAAGCAGUGUCCGUGCACGAAUCAAGACAGAUUCGCUUGUAUUUUAUCGUUGCAAGCUGCUCUACUUAAAAUCAGUCAAAAUACCGCUUCGCUAAAAUGAAAGGCACAAACGCUGGAAGUGAACAUGCAGCUCUGUAGUAAAAUAGACCUCUCGUCUUUUUUAAGACAACAGCUUCAGUAAAACUGAACACUUUUCUUCCUAUGACCGUAACUCUUAAGUUUUUCUUCAGAGUCGGGGGUGCCUCCCUUCCUUCCAGCCGCGCUAAGCUUUCGUGUGCGAACGAGUUGUGUGUCAUCGCUCACAAGGAGUAAGCCUUGUACCAAACAGCAGAUUCCAACGACUGAGCGUUAAAUUAUGUUUUCCUCAGAAACGAGUUGGUUUUUAGUGUUACCUCGCUCGAAUUUACAGAAAUAUAUUCUAGAGAAAUGCAUUUUUGUUCUGUCCUUAAAGAAUCAAGGUCGCGUACACCUAAUGGUUAACGGUGUAUUGAGCAGUUUUCAAUUGCGUCGAAAGUCGUCCGCUGUUGGAUUUGUUUUGCUUUACAUCACUCUGUGAUUGGUUAAGAAAACUUGCACCUUUCUCUCGACCAAUUAGAUGCAAAAGAAAAGCUGGCUUUUUUUUUCGCUUUUAGAAUAGUCUAUAGUCUUUGCUUUCUUUUCUUCUGAUUGGCUGUUGUGAUUAAUUUGGUUUGGAUUUUACGACUCUCAAUGAAAUCUAAUCUAUCGUUUGAGCACUGAUUGUAAGGAAUUUCACCGGCGUAAAUUAAAGUAU